AGCCACGUCACCCACCUACUUUUAAUGCUGUGAGAUUUAAGCUGUACACCGAGGAUGCAUAAACUGUAGAAUACUAUCUACUUGUGCGUUGAGAAACGAGGAAAAUAGUAACAGCUGGGACACUAGCUAGGCUACUUCUUUUUUCCACAAACUAAACUUUUUUCAAGACUUUAGGUUGAGUGGUUGAACGGACGUGCUCGACUGUGCAUAGUUUUCCAUUUGUGAAAAAAAGCUGUCGUCGUUUUGGGUCUUUGCAAAAGAAAGAAAUUGCUUAUAUUAAAUUUUGGACAUUGCACAGUGAAUUUGGACAUUUAGGCAAAGUCCAUGUUUUGUGGUAGUUAGUAGCUUGCAGCUAUUUCAGGUUACAUUUUGCAGAGAAAGCCACACAACCAAAAUGAAUAUCUUUCGUCUAUUGGGUGACGUGUCGCAUCUUGUUGCCAUCAUCAUAUUGUUUGUCAAGAUUUGGAGAUCGAGGUCCUGUGCAGGUAUUUCAGGGAAGAGCCAGGUUCUGUUUGCACUGGUUUUUACCACCAGAUACCUGGACUUGUUCACCACCUUCAUCUCUGUCUACAACACGGUUAUGAAGGUUGUGUUUCUGGUCCUGGCCUACGCAACAGUGUAUUUGAUUUACCUUCGCUUCCGGAGCAGCUACGAUUCUGAGAGCGACUCCUUCCGGGUCGAGUUCCUCCUCGUCCCUGUGGCUGGACUGUCCUUUCUGGAAAACUAUGCAUUCUCCCCACUGGAAAUCCUGUGGACGUUCUCCAUCUACCUGGAGUCGGUGGCCAUUCUGCCUCAGCUCUUCAUGAUCACCAAGACAGGAGAGGCGGAGUCCAUCACCACGCACUACCUGUUCUUCCUGGGCCUGUACCGUGCCCUCUACCUGGCCAACUGGGUGUGGCGCUACCACACGGAGGGCUUCUUCGACCAGAUCGCCGUGGUGUCCGGCGUGGUGCAGACCAUCUUCUACUGCGACUUCUUCUACCUCUACUUCACCAAGGUGCUGCGGGGCAGUGGCAAAAUGACCCUGCCCAUGCCAGUGUAAGCAGCGUUUACUCCACCUUGGCCGCCCCGCCCUCCAGAGUUUUGUUCCCAGCCCAUCCGCGGAUCCUCUGAUCAAAGCGACCCGUUUUUUCCCACUGGGUGCGAGUCCAGACUCACUGCGGUACACUACAUUCCACCUUAAGGCUUUCCACUCCACCACCUGUCGUAGAGGUACAAUAUGUGUCCGUCUUUAGGUCUUUUUGGUUGCGUUUGUCUUUAUAUGUGUGUGUGCAAACUUUGUUCCUUACUGUUAAAAUGACCAAAAAAAAUGCAUUGCCCUUCUCUCCCAUCAGGCAUUGUGAGAUUAGAUUUUUCUGCAAUCGAGUGUAGUGAAUAAAAACUGCUUCAGAGAGUCAGGGAUAUCAUGUCAUUGUCUUAUUAUUCUUGCAUAGACUGAAAUGUGGUUAGACUCGUAGGAUGGCAUUAUAGUCCUUUAGUCUUGAACAUUUCAAGGUUUAUUUGUACGCCAGCAUGACAUGGUAGGGCGUCUGUGUUUGUCACUUUUUUUUCUUUUGUUGCUUUGUAACCGUGUGUGCUGUGACAUUCCAGGUUUGCCCAUUUGUGUGUAUAUAUAUGUGCCUGUCUCUCUCUGAUCCAGUUGGUGUCUUUGUAUCCUGCCCAGCACCUGUGCUGUGCAGGGCAGAGUGUGU